AUGGACCUCGCCACGAUAGACGUCACGAGCCCCUUCAGCCGCUCCUUCCACAAGUUCCGCGAUCUCCCCGCCGAGCUACGCAUCCGCAUAUGGCGUCUCGCGACGCCCAAAUCGGCCGUCGUCGAGCGCGCCGUCGAGAGCACAACCAUGUACGGCCUCCGCCGCCACGCACCGAUACCCGCCGUUCUCCAGGUCUGCCGCGAGUCGCGGGCCGAGUUGCUCUAUGAGAGCGACAGCCGCCGCGGCGCCAGCGACGAGCAAUUCGAGAUCGUGUAUCUUUCCAAAGAGGACCGGGAGAGUAGGAAGGGUGCUUAUAUGAACUACGCGAGCGACACUCUGUUGAUCUACAGAGCUCCGCAACGCGCCAUCAUGCCAGACGCCUCCAACUUCGCCAAUGUCCAGAAUCUCGCCAUGGAAUGGGGUCUGAGACCAUGCUGGAUUCAGGGACAGUGCCACGUCGGCGUGAAGUUCAUACAGCAGUUCCCGGCGCUCAAGACCCUGACCCUCCUCGUCAACUUCAAGCUCGAGUCAGACCUUCCCAGCUCAGAGCCCCGUAGACACCGCGAGCGGAGGCAACAACGCCGCGCCUUGCACGAGAUCAAGAACUGGGUUUUGGACGCUGUCAAAGAGCAGGAGGGCCCUGGCUGGACGCCUCCCGAAGUCAGAGUUGUGCAGAAGACCAAGUACUGGAGCGGCGCGCCAACGUCCCACGACCACAAGCUCAGGUUCUAG